AUGAAAACUAAGCGACAACAAGUGCGAUCAUACGAAAAACCCACGAAGGCGUGGGAAAGAAAAGUACGCCAAAAGGCAAAAAUAAAGAAACCAAAGAAGUUUAGGAACUGCACAAUCGACCUUGUUCCAUUGCGUGGAGUCAAGAAAGUUGGAGAGGUAUGUCAACUGGCAAAAAAAGACAAGUUAUUUUAUGAGAUUGAACAACCUGCACCAGUGGAAAACGAAGUAGUUUCUUCUGAGCAACAACUGGGACAAUCACAACACCUUCAAAUGGAGUACGAAAGAUCGUUUGAUCAAAUGGACUACGAAAGAUCGUUUGAUCAUUAUGGAGUUAUAUCUGAAUAA